AUGAGAACCCCCUUGCGAGCACAGACUGCCGAAGGCUUGACAUUGACCAUGGAGAAGACGGGCGAGGCCAUCGAAGAAGAUGAUGUGCACACUUCCGAUUGGGUUGACUGCAGCCAAGUUCCCUGCAACACCAUCCACGUAACUUUGAGCUGGUUUUCUCUGAUCGGCUGUGCGCACGCUGUGAUGUACACCACUUGCGCCAUAGUCUGGCUGAGCGUCACACCCAGAGAGGCCACGCGUGACUUCCUCUACUGGAGUCCUACGAUCAUGCAGCGGCCAUCACAGUCCAUGAUGCUGGGCGUGACUUGCUGGGCCUUUGAUGCCUUGUGGCUCACAGCCAUCAAGCACGGAUCGAGCCUGAUGGUAUUGCUCUCAAUUCCAGCGGUCUUCCUGUUGCUUCACGUGAUCUGGACCUUCAUGCGCAUGCGCUUCUUUUGCUGGAAUUGGCCAGCAGCGCCCUGCGGCCACUACCAAACAGCUUGGAAGAAUCAGGCUGCGUACCAGCCAAUUAACCAGGGUGGAGCUGCGUAG